AUGAAUAAUCCAACUAGAAAAACAUCAAAACACAUAUUGAUUCUCAACAUACCAUUGACCUUUCAUCUAAUCUUCUUUGCCACAGUCGUUUCUUCUCAUUCACAAUCCAACAUCCACAAAACUCAGCUUUUAACCAAAUCCAAUGACACCACUGAGCUCGUCGUGGCCACUUUAAACCAAACCAUCUCAAAGGUCAAUCUCUCUUCCUCCAACUUCUUCGACCUUCAAAACCGUCUUGGUCCAACCCUAACUUUCCGAGAUCGCUGCGCGUUUGAAGACUGUCUCGGGCUACUCGAUGACACUAUCUCCGAUCUCAAAACCGCAAUCUCCAAGCUCCAAAGUUCCUCUUUUGGGUCCCAUGACGUUAGUAUGUUGCUUAGCGACGCCAUGACCAACCAAGACACAUGUCUCGAGGGUUUCACGGCAAGUAACGACGAGAAUAAUAAUGAUAGGACUUAUGAAUUGAAUGAGAGCUUGAAGGAGAGCAUCUUAAACAUCUCUAACAACCUCGGUAACUCUCUAGAUAUGGUUCAGAAGAUUCCGGGGAAUAAACAUUUCCCUGACGUUGAGUUCCCGAGUUGGGUCUCAGAGAAUGACAAGAGACUCCUUCAGGCUUCGGUGAAAGAGACUAAGUUUAAUCUCUCUGUGGCUCAAGAUGGUUCCGGAAACUUCACAACCAUCAGUUCUGCGGUCUCGGCCGCUCCUAACUCGAGCGAAACCAGAUUUACGAUUUAUAUAAAAGGUGGGGUAUAUUUUGAGAACGUCGAAAUACCAAAGAAGAAGACAAUGAUAAUGUUUGUCGGAGACGGUAUCGGAAAAACAAUCAUAAAAGCAAACCGCAGCCGCGUUGAUGGAUGGUCAACAUUUCAAUCUGCUACUGUAGGCGUGAAAGGUAAAGGCUUCAUAGCUAAGGGCAUAUCAUUUGUGAAUUUUGCUGGACUGGCCAAACACCAAGCUGUUGCAUUGCGUAGCGGUUCUGAUCUCUCUGCGUUUUACCAAUGCGCGUUUGAAGGUUACCAAGACACUCUCUAUGUCCAUUCAGCCAAACAGUUUUACCGAGAAUGUGAUAUAUUUGGUACAGUAGAUUUCAUAUGUGGUAACGCAGCUGUUGUGUUCCAGAAUUGUAGUCUUUAUGCUCGUAAACCAAAUUUUAACCAGAAAAUCGCGUUUACCGCUCAGAGUCGCAACCACUCUGAUCAGCCAACAGGUAUUUCUAUGAUUAAUUGUAGAAUCUUGGCCGGAGAUGAUUUGAUACCAGUAAAAGCAAACUUCAAGGCAUAUUUGGGUCGACCAUGGAGACGAUAUUCUAGGACGACUAUUAUAAAAUCGUUUAUUGACGAUUUGAUUGAUCCUGCCGGAUGGUUGGAGUGGCAAAACGAUUUUGCUCUUGAGACUUUAUAUUAUGGAGAAUAUAUGAAUGAAGGACCAGGGUCAAACAUGACAAACCGGGUCAAAUGGCCUGGUUAUAGACGCAUGCAAACCGCAAUGGAGGCAACUCAAUUUACAGUCGGUCCAUUUAUUGAUGGUAACACAUGGCUCAAUUCAACUGGUAUCCCAUUUCAUCUCGGUUUGUAA